CCUCACAGAGGUAGCUCCUCCGCCGGCAGCAGCUCGGCGCCCCGGCGGUCCAUGGACCGGAACCCUGGGCGGACCGGCAGGAACCCGGGCCGUGACCGCCGCCCCCCGGCCCCAGGCUCCUCCUCCUCGCUCCCCGCCGCCCCCUGCGGACGCCCGCCGGCCGCGCACCGCCGCCGCGGACCUCUCGGAGCCUCGCCGGGAGGCUGUGUGGUCGAGCCGCGGCCGCCGAGGGACUGAGGCCUACUCCGCCUUCUCUCAGUGCUAUUGUCCCGGGGCCUGGCCCUGAGCGGGGCUGCGGGCGAGGGCCGAGCUCGCCGGCUCCGCGGAAGAUGCCGGACCAAGCCCUUCAACAGAUGCUGGACAGAAAGCUGGAAAGUUUUCAUUAUAAAAUAUAGAGGAAAAACAAACCUAUGCUUAUAUAUAAUUUAUGAGGAAGAUGACUAUACAACUAUUCCUGCCUCCACCAUACUCAGUUUAUGAAGUGCUGGGAAUUGAACCCAGGGCUUCAUGCAUGCUAGAAGUUGCUGGGUGUGUUUUGCCACCGAUGAAGAUGAUAGAACAGCCGAAUGGGUGAGACCAUGCAGGUGCAGAGGAUCUACUAAGUGGGUUCACCAGGCUUGUCUACAACGCUGGGUAGAUGAGAAGCAAAGAGGAAACAGCACAGCCAGAGUGGCAUGUCCUCAGUGCAAUGCUGAAUACUUAAUAGUUUUUCCGAAGUUGGGUCCAGUCGUUUAUGUCUUGGAUCUUGCAGAUAGACUGAUCUCAAAAGCUUGCCCUUUUGCUGCAGCAGGAAUAAUGGUUGGAUCUAUCUAUUGGACAGCUGUGACUUACGGAGCAGUGACAGUGAUGCAGGUUCACCAUUCUCUAUUCAGUGAUACUACUUUUCAUGUGAAGGUUGUAGGCCAUAAAGAAGGGCUGGAUGUUAUGGAGCGAGCUGACCCUUUAUUUCUUUUGAUUGGACUUCCUACUAUUCCUGUCAUGCUGAUUCUAGGCAAAAUGAUUCGCUGGGAGGACUAUGUUCUUAGACUAUGGCGCAAAUACUCAAAUAAACUACAGAUUUUGAACAGUAUAUUUCCAGGGAUUGGUUGUCCUGUUCCUCGAAUUCCAGCUGAAGCUAAUCCUUUAGCAGAUCAUGUCUCUGCUACUCGAAUUUUGUGUGGAGCCCUUGUCUUUCCUACUAUUGCGACAAUAGUUGGUAAACUGAUGUUCAGUAGUGUUAAUUCAAAUUUACAAAGGACAAUCUUGGGUGGAAUUGCUUUUGUUGCCAUAAAAGGAGCAUUUAAGGUUUACUUCAAACAGCAGCAAUAUUUACGUCAGGCACACCGCAAAAUCCUAAAUUAUCCAGAGCAAGAAGAAGCAUAAAACUGACUUCUGGUUGUUCUGAGGCCUCUCAUCCUGACGAGUCUGUUGUGUUGUUCCAUCAUUAAUGCACUAGUGGAGACUUGUGAUAAGCUACUGCUCCUAUAUUUUUAAGAAAUAUAAUAAAGCACGUAGGGCAGGGGAAAUCCUCUCAGUAAUCACGGAACCUAAGGAUACGAUUCAACUUUGUAAUUUGUAUGUACUACUUUUACGGCAGUCGGCUGAACCAUUAUCUUAGCAUGGUAAACCUGGGUUUGUUCAUAUUUUUCCAGACAAAAAUGUAAAGUUAAAACUGUACAAAUAUUAAAAGUGGACAUGCUGUUCUAUUCUGCCGCCUCUUUUGUAUAUACUCAUGUUCAGUGUUUUCUUAGAAACAGCCACUUGAUGAAGGUACUGUGAGGACUUUUCUCACUGACGUGAUUUGAUUACAUGUUAAACAGGAGCCUAUGUUAUAUGAGGAAAUGUAAAUUAGUUCUGAAUAAAUAACAAACCAAAAAAUGUAUGUCAGCAUUGAAAUGAUUAUCUGAACAAAAGAGAUUUUCUUGCCUUUUUCUUAACCCAUGUAACAUCUCCAAUGUGUAGAGUCAGUUCCCAGGGCUUCCAGAUCACUUUUUCACUAUUAAACUUUAUUUAUGCAAUGUUGACAUCUCAUAGUUCAUAGUAUAAUUUUGACUCAUGUAGGUGUGUGUGGGUGCGUGUGUGUUUGUGUUUGUUGGAGGUUGCUUAGAAAGAGAAGGUAGGAAGAAGGGAAGGAGAGGAUAGGGAUACCAGAAAUGAGAUAGAAGACCCUUUUAUCAUUUAAUGUUUUUAAAUUUGUAUUUCUAGAAAUCAGAGAUGCCAGUUAGUUUAAGCAGAGAACAACUUGCAAAAAGUGAUAAUAAAAUUAUUGCUCUUCACAAAUUCAAUUAUUCAUGUAUUUGCUAAUCGCUUCCCAUU